GGGUGAAAGGUCACCGGGUCCUGACGUGCGCUGUUUAGUUUGGCGCCAGCAUUUUUCGCGCGGGGAGCUGGCGAGCUGGAAGGAGCAGGCGACGAAGGGGCGAAGAAAAAAUAAAAAAAAUAACGCAAGAAGUGAGCGGGACGGGGAGAAUCCGCCGACAUAUCUCGUGUUCGCAGUCCUCGCUCGAGUUGCCCCUUCGGCGUUUGGCCCACCGUGCAGUUAUGUCUGAAUAGCUGAGUCUUUUUACCCCCCACCUGAUCACUGCAUGUCCCUUGAAGUGGCCCUGUGACCUGUAAAGUGAAUCCAAGUAACGUUUAGCUUUGCUGCCUUGGCAGUUUGGAGCUGCUCUGCUCUGCUCCGCUCUGGUGGGAUUGGAGUCCUGUCAGUGGAUGUGAGCAAAUUCAGCUUCACCCACCUGCUGAUCAGUGCUGGAAAAGCCAGGCUUCAGAGAGUGGACGGGUGAAAGUGUGUAACGAUGAUGGCUACAGUUCAACCAGCCAGCUCGAGCCUGACUCCUCUGCUAGAGUCACUUGAAGAUCCUUCAGUGUCCCAGACCGAGUAUAUCGAUGCCUAUCUCACUAUUGCCAACCGCCUCAGUGGAGAGGAGGGACAGCAGUUUAUUGUUGCGGUUGGCACACACUUUUCACGUCUGUGUACAGCCUUUAAGGGUCAUAUUGCAAGUUCAAACGCAGAACUUAGUCAAGCUGCUCUUCAGGCCUUGGGGUUUUCUGUAUUUCACAGCAGUAUUGCCUCUGGCUUAACAGAAAAUUAUGUGGAAGAGCUGCUCACGUCCCUUAGUUCCAUUGCGGUCAAGUCCAGUGAUAAGAACACUUGUACAAGAGCACUUUGGGUGAUGGCCAAACAAAAUUUUCCUCCUGAGUUUGUGGGGAAAAAGGUUCCUGAUGUUCUUACCGCAUUGGAAACUGUACAUUCCAGGGAAGAUGUGCAGUCAGUGGUGAUGGAGCACGAAGCACUAAAUGUUGUUAUUAGGCUGUUGGAGCAGACCCCAUCUCAAAUGGGAGAGGGGGCGGUCAGGUGGGCUAAGCUGAUCAUUCCCUUGGUGGUUCAUUCGGCUCCCAAGGUGCGCCUGCGGGCAGCUGCAGCACUCGAACUGGGGAUGCCCCUGUUAGUGGAGAAGCAACAGGAGGUAGCAGCCAUCACGGAGCCUCUUAUGUCCUCUAAACUUAUACCUGAACUGCAGAAGCUUUUCUCAACAAAGAAUGAGACCAACGUGUUGAAACUUUGGCCUUUAUUUGUCCGACUGCUGGGAAAGUCUUUACAUCGUGGAGGAACUUUUAUUAAUUCUCUUUUGCACUUGGAAGAGCUCGGCUUUCGCAGCAGUUCUCCAGUAGUAAAGAAAAUUGCUUUUAUUGCUUGGAAAAGUUUGAUUGAUAACUUUGCUUUAAAUCCAGAAAUUCUUUGCAGUACAAAGAGGUUAAAGUUGCUGAUGCAGCCUCUCAGCUCCAUACAAGUGAGGACUGAAGCACUGCUGCUAACUAAAUUGGAAGUCUGGUGGUAUCUGGCAGUGAAGCUCGGACCCCAUUUUGGAGCCAAUUUUGAGCAGGUUGGAAUCCCCCUAAUUCAAAGCACACUGAGUGCAGGUUCUCCUACUACGCCCACCUCCGGAAAUGCAAGAGGUUCUCCCAACCAGACCAUUGGUGCUUCUCCAGCUUCUUCUAAAGCUGGUUCAUUUGGAAGCCCGACGGCUUCUCGCCUGAACCUUAACAGCAGCGUGCAAGGUGCUGGCCUGCCCGCAUAUCCGUCGAUUCAGCUCCUGGGUGUUGAAAUGCUGCUUCAUUUCUUUUAUGGUCCUGAUGUCUCUACUGCUGUUGCGCAGAACAAACUUCAUCUCAGUCUUGAGCCGCUCACUCAUCCGUUGAUCUCCAGCACUUCAUUUUUUUGCAAGCAUGCCGGUGUUCUGAUAAAUGCUGUUCAAGAAGGCUUUACUGCAGUUGGGAAGGAAGCUUCAAACUCUAUGCUUCUCCUCAUCUGGAAGAAAAUGAUUUCUUGUGUAAUGUUGGCAAUAGAAACAGGCAAUAAGAAAGAGCGUCAAGGCUCUGAGGUUUUGACUCUUCUCCUGCAAGCUUUAAAGCACAUAGUCACUUUGGAAGCACUUCCUCCACCUAAAGUACUGUGCCUGCUUGAAGCCACCGUGAAAGGAAUCCCACCCAAGGUCCUGGGGUCCCCAGCCUAUCAGGUAGCCAAUAUGGAUGUGUUAAAUGGGACGCCCGCCUUGUUCUUGAUUAUCCUGUUCUUUCAGGGAGGCCUCUUAGAGUCGUUUGUAAUGGAUGAGAGGUUCUACACGUGUAUGGAGACUUUAGUCGGCUCUGGUCUGUGUGGCCCCACAUCUCCUCUGGCCUUCAGCGAGUCUGUCCUCAGUGUUAUUAACCAGAAUGCCACUUUAGUGACCAACAAGGAGCAUCUUUGGAGAAUGUGGAGCAUCAUAGUCAACCCUUUAAAGGAAAGCAUCACUCAGACUAAUGAAGUGAAUCAAGGAGAUGCCUUGGAAUAUAACUUCACUGCAAUUUAUAGCGCCUUAAUGCUGCCAAUUACGCAUCUUGUGACAGUCAAAGGAUUCCCUCAGGCCACGAUGAAGACUCUCCUGAAGACUUGGUCCGAGUUCUACAAGACGUUUGCCCGCUGCUCUGCACUGGUCGCCACAGCCGAAGAGAAUAUUUGUUGUGAAGAACUUUGUGCUAAGAUAAUGCAGGGUUUAGAAAAUAAUGAUCUUUUGAAUUCAUUGACGUUAGAGGCCUUUGUGAAUAUCUUACUGGUGAUGAUUGAGUGCAUCAACUUCUCACCUUACACUCCAAAGUUUCAGCAAAAAAACAAAUCUCCCCAUACACCGUCCAGUUGGAAGAGAAAGAAGAAUAAACCCCUUGGAAAUUUAACCUCCUUCAUGAAGAUCCUAGCUUUAGCCAUGAACUCAUUCCACAAAGUGGGCAUUUCGGACACGGCUGUGGACUCCUCCGUUCCUUCAGUGGCCAGUGCUGGGAUGACUUUGCUUAGCAUUCUGUCAGCGUUGUUCUGUAAUUUGUCUCUGGCACAACCCAUACAGGAGGCCCUUUCCAGCCUGACGAAGCCAAUGGCGGCUUUCUACGAAAGAACUGCAAAGACAUCCAGUGAACUCCCGAAGAUCUACGCCAACCUUGGACAUAAGCUGGAAAAAUUACUGUCGGACAUCUUCUCCUGCUUGCAGUCCAAGUUUACAGCGGCUUAUGACAACGAAUUGUUAGAGAAGAUGGCACCCGUUUUAAAAGUUACAUUUCUUCAUAAGAACAAACAGAUACAAAGCCAGACGGCACAGUUCUGGAACUCGACCUUUGCGAAGACCGCCAGCCUGCGUUAUCCAGAGGAGCUGAAGGCCGUCUUAAACCAGGUGAGACAGAAGAUUCCCAUCAUUUUGCCUGGCUUUGAAGCUGUGGAGAUGGCGGACUCCUUGAGUGGACCCUUAUCUGACACUUGUGAUGACUCUCAGCUGGACAUCAAAAUCAGUGGCGUGGAGUUAAAGUCGACCGGAAAGCGAGAGUCGCUACUUACGAAAGCGGAAGAAAUUAAAGAGAAGAGUGCCAGCCAUUCCAAAGCUGUCUCGGUAAAACUGGAUUUUGGUUCUAUGAAAAGUCCACGGAAAAACUUGCUUCUGGAUGAAGAGAAAUCGGUGGAUUUUGUUUUCAUUCCUCCAGAGCAAAAGAAAAGAACGCUAACAGAACACCAAAAGGAGGUUCUGCGGACAAAGAGGGUUGAUAUUCCUGCCAUGUACAACAACCUUGACGCCUCUCAGGACACCACGCUGUUCACCCAGUACACCCAAAGCCAAGAAGGCGCUGCUGCGGCGACAUUAAGUGAGGAUUCAGUGGAGAAAAACAGGAACGAAGCAUCCGAGGACCCUGAGGAUACAUCUGAAGAGGUAAAGCAAAAAGCGGCAGGCGGCGAUCUGGCGAGGCCUUCAUCAGCUAAUGUGGUCUGCGGUGAUGAAGAUGACAGAGUCGUGUCCUCCACAGCAGAAGAUCCACAAGCUGAUGUGUCCGCAUCUGGAAACGGCGAGUGUGAAACCAGAAAGGAGGCGGACGUUUCGGUGGAAGACAGCAGUGUGAACGUCAGCAGCAGUUCCACCUCGUCGGACGUUGUGUCGGGGACCCCCCAGAAACCUGCCAGCCGAAGGCAGUCCUUCAUCACGCUGGAGAAGUUCAAUCUGUCCAACUCCAAGGCUCCUAGCUCUGCUCGUGCCAAAACGUACGCACAGUCCAGUCCCAAGAUUUUAAAACCCGACAGCACCGAGCCAGUGGAGGCAGACCCCAAAGAAACUGCAAUCCCAGCUGAGAAAGACCCUCAAACACGGGGAGAAAAUGGGCCUUGUCUUGGGGACGUUCAUUUGAAACCAGCGCAAGAGAAUACGAGCCAGUGUGACAAAGUGACGGAGCAGCAAAGCCGAAACAGAGAGGCGGGUGACCUGAAGGCCGACGAGAAGUCCGAGACCAGUGACGUCAUCGAGGACUGCAUCCCAGACACACAGAGCCAACCUCAGGAGGGUGGACCAAAGGACGAGCAGGACAGGAGAAAGGAGAGUCAGGCCUCGGCCAAAAUGGAACUGUCGGCCGAGUCCAAAGAGAAUACGCCUCCGGAGGAGUCCGGCGAAGACAAAGGCAACCGAGAGUCUCAAAAUCUGUCCAGUCAGAGCGAGCCCAGGCGCUCGUCGAGGCAGCGGAACAAACCGGUGAGGCCCGGGGAGAGACCUGGGGAGAGGCCCGCAGAGAGCUCCGAAAGCCAGGAGAAGGAGGUCAAGGUCAAGCUGAAGAGGGGCCCAAAGAGCAAGGACGAAAAGAUGGCGGACAGAACGAUCCUGUCGGAUGGAGAGCCGGCCAGGGACCUUCAGGGGUCCUCUCUGUCCCAAGAGGACUUGGGUGUGAAGAGCGAUCUGUCACUGACUAAAGAGGAGCGGGUGACAAAGAGCUCCGUCACAAGUGCGCCUCCCGCUCCUGCGGUGAACGCAGACCCAUCGCACGAGGCAGACGGAAACAAAGGGGCCCCGAAAGACCGAGUCCGGUAUGUGACCAGGAGGUCCUCUCAGGGUCUGCUGUCCAGCAUUGAAAAUUCCGAGUCCGACAGCUCCGAGCCCCUUGAGGACGGCGAAAAGUUAAAAAGGCCCGGCAGAGGCAGAAAGCCAAAGAAAGGUGCCAAGCUGGUGGCCGAUCUGAAGACGUCGAGUGAUAAAUCCAAAGUGGUCAGCGACGUGUCCAGCCCAGUCAUUCCGCCCUCCACGGGGGGUACCAGUGAGCAGGAUGCACAGAAAAGCGAAGAGAAGGAAAACUCGAAAGUCGACAUUGGCAGCGACAGCAAGCCGCCCGGCGCAGAGCUGUCUGAGCUGAAGGACGCCUCGCAGACGUCGAGUGUGCCAAGUGCGCCCGCCGCCUGUAAUAACAAAACGUACAGCGUGCACAGGGCACUUAGUGAGCCCUCGAAGCGGGCGAGUCAGACUUUUACCAUCGCCAGCGACUUAAGUGCUAUGCUGGACAGCAUGGCGGCCGAGCCGACGGCUAGCGAGUACACGUCGGUGUUCCUGAGCUCGGCGAAGAGCACCCCUGUGCACGUGUGCACUCACAGCCGCAGAGGCAGGGGGCGCAAGCGUUCCCGAGUGUGUAACUGUAGUUUAGACGCGGACGUAUCCCAGCAGCACAAGGUGCUCUGCGGUGGCAGCGCUUCUGAAAAUGUCACACAGGAGCUCAAGAUGUGUCAUGGCGACAAACCGGAACUGUCCUCGAUCGGCUCCCAGUUUGAAGACAGCGAAUUAGUGGAGCCCAAUGCCAUGAGCACGCCCCUUCAUGCAAACAAGGAGCCCGCGUUCUUCAGCACCCUGGCCUACCCGGUGUCCUCAGAUGACGACAAAAAGACUCUGACCGAAAACGAGUCCUCGGGAGGAGACGUCCAUCAGACUGUCGUGGGGGUAUCCGACUUCAGUAACAAUGUCACCGUGCAGCAGAAAACCGACAAUGAAGUGCAAGGGGACGAGGGGCUAAAGACUUUGGAGUCCGUCGGGGCACAGGAGGAGUUCUCGAUGGGAGAAAGUGAGCGUCAGCCGCCCCUGCAGGAUCUGAUGCCACCGCAGCCGCAAGAAACCUCACCAGGAACGGAGGAGGAGGACCACCACCUGCCUGAAUCGGUGACCGAGGACGAGCUCACCCAAGCAACCCACCUUGAAGGACUUGUUGUCAAGGAGAACGUUUCACCUGUGGACGCUGAGCCUGCCGCAGACACUUUAGAGCCCGAGGACCCCAUGCCAGGGCCAACCAUGUUAGGUUCUCCUCAGCAAGCCAAGGCUCCCCUUGGGGAUCACAUGAUGGACCACAGUCCCAGUGGCGCCAAGCCCAAAGGAGCCUGGUCUCCUACGGCUUCACCUUCUACCAGCAUUCUGAAGAAGGGCUUGAAGAGGUCCCUGGAGGACGACUCUCCGUCACCUUUGACUAAGACUCGGCGAGUGUCGUUUGCCAAUCCCCUCUACCAACAGGAACUGGCGGAUGACAUUGACCGACGCAGCCCGGUUAUAAGGCCAUCUUCUAAUGGCUCCCCGAGAUCCAAAAGCCCCAUCGCCCAGUCUGGGCAGCAAAAGCUCAUCACCACCCCAACCAAAGGCUUUCUGUCACGAAGUCCCCGCGGCUUGCAGAGUCCAGGAUUCAAGAGCUCCAAGAAGUGCCUGAUAUCGGAAAUGAGCAAAGAGUCCAAACCGAUUGCCACCGAUUGUGUGUACCCGGCCCUGGUGAGCUGCUCGGCGCCCGUGGAGGCCGUCCUCCCACAGCUGACCUCCAAUAUGUGGGCGCGAGGUUUGGGUCAGCUGGUGAGAGCCAAGAACAUCAAGACGGUUGGCGAUCUGAGUGCCCUGACGCCCAGCGAGAUCAAAACUCUGCCCAUCCGCUCCCCUAAACUCUCCAACGUAAAGAAAGCCCUCAAGUCCUACUAUGAGCAGCAGCGGAAGCUGCGGGGCGCCGAUGAUCUGAAAGGCUUCGAUGAAACGGAAAAACUCACCAAUGAGCCCGAAGACGAGAAGGAACAGCUGGGCAGCGAGAAGCUCGAGACAAGUAAGUCUGUUGGCCCUCCAUCUGCACGCCAGGCGGUCCUCGCCGUCCCAACAUGCCUAACAGACCCCCACCCCCACCUCGCUGUCGUGUCUCUUCCAGGUCUGGUGGACGCAGAGGUGCCAGAUGCCAAGCCGGCGGUGGACCUCCCUUCGGACGUGGAAGCCCUGGGCACUCGGUUUGCCUCCGAAGGUCUGGACCGGUACUCGGGCGGGCAGCUCUUGGCGAUGCACCGGCGGCUGAGCGGCAUGAUGGACGCUAUUGUGACGCACAUGCAGACCCGCCUGGGGGCCGCCACGCCGGAGGGCUCCGUGUGAAGCGGGACAUCGUGGAGCGACUGGCGCGCGUGUUCAUAGACACUGGAUUUUUAUUUUUUUUAUUAUUAGAUUGGGAAGUUCAACGAGAGCACUGCACACUAAAAAUAAUUAAAGACUUGACCGAGAGACCUGGACAGCCCCCCGUUGAGCCCCCCGUUGAGCCCCCCGUUGAGCCCUCAUGCCUUCUUACAGUACGUUUCGUUUUAUUGUGUAUUUUGGAAUAAAGGAGCAUACAUUCCUAUAAGAGGGGGUCCCGUG